ACCGGUUUUCAGCGUCGCUCGACCUUUAUUGAAAGCACCUGCCAUUUUGUUUGAACUUCCGCAACACCAUGAGCAGAGUUUACAUCGGGAAUAUCGGCGAUAACGCCUCAAAGCGGGAAAUUGAACGAGAGUUUGAAACCUUUGGUCCUCUUAGAGACGUCUGGGUUGCAAGAAACCCUCCUGGUUUCGCAUUCUGUGUGUUUGAAGACCGCCGAGAUGCCGAGGACGCAGUUCGUGAACUCGAUGGAAGGUACAUCUGCGGACAGAGAGCUCGUGUCGAGCUAGCGAAAGGGCCUUCCCGCGGCAGACCUCGCCAGGCAUCAAACGAGAAGUGCUACGAAUGCGGCAGAGUAGGCCAUUUUGCAAGAGAUUGUACAAGAAGACGUUAUGGAGGUGGUCGUUCCAGAUCACCCUCUCCUCGUGGAAGAAGGCGAAGUCGUAGCAGGUCCCCUGUCAGACGAAGAAGGUCACCUUCCUUGGAGAGACGAUCUCGCUCCAGGUCUGGUUCCAGGGAAAGGCGAAGAAGCCCUAGCCGGAGUCCAGAACGCAGAAGAGAGCGAUCCUUUUCAAACUCACCCAAGAGAGAGAGACAUAGCCCUGAUCACAGAAAUGGCAAUGAAGGCACAAGAGAUCGUAGCCAGUCUAGAUCCCCAACCCCAGCCAAGGCAGAUCCACAGCAUGAUGACUAACCCUGCGUUUUUAUUUACUUGCUUACUCAAUGUACAAAUGAACUAAAAAUGUUAGUUUGCAUAUCUCCUUCAAACUAAAGUUUAUUCAGGUUAUACACAACUAAAGGUUAUUGAUACAGUAGAGCUCAUACGUACUGGCCUCGCAAAAAAAAAACAAUCCAGUGAUUCUUGGUUAUAUGAUUCUGUAUAUGAACUAAUGAUAGGCAACUUGUAAAACUGGUAAUGAAAUUAGCUUGCCAUAUUUAAUUUCUUUUUAACAAAUGCAUAACUAUUUGAGCAAUUCCUGUAAAUUCAGGUUUAUUAUACAUCCAAUUCUCGAUCUGAUUUUUUUUAUGUUUCUUCCAUGCACCAAAACUGCAAUCUUGUUACAAUCUGCUAAAGCAGUUUUUAAACUUUUAUUUAGUAUCAUUAUUUGUAGUGAAAUAAAGUUUUUGACAUACUCUA